AUGGAAGAACAAAUUGCGGCUGAGGUAGAGAGAAGAUUGAAGAAGAUGAACAUUGGUGAACAGAAAGUAGCUCAAGUUGAGCUAAAUAUUCCAUUCUUAGAGGCACUGGAGCAAAUUCCUAUCUAUGCGAAGUUCAUGAAGGAUAUCAUUUCAAAGAAGCGAACAAUCGACAGUGACCCGAUUAUUCUAACUGAAACUUGUAGUGCUAUUUUGCAGGGAAUGAAGAUCCCAGUUAAAAAGAGAGAUCGAGGUUCAGUAACGAUUCCAUGCACAAUUGGUGAUAGAUCUUUCAAGAAAGCUUUGAUCGAUUUGGGGGCAAGUGUGAGUCUUAUGCCAUUAUCCAUUUACAAAAGAUUGGGAAUAGGUAAAGUACAAGAUACUCGAAUGACACUUCAGUUUGCUGACCAAUCCGUUAAAAGACCUUACGGAGUAGUAGAAGAUGUGUUGGUGAAAAUCGACAAGUUCGUGUUUCUGGUAGAUUUUGUUAUUCUAGAGAUGCCCGAAGAUGAAGAGAUACCAAUCAUUUUGGGAAGACCUUUUCUAGAAACUGGGAGAUGCUUGAUCGACAUAGAAGAAGAAAACUCUUUGACAACACAGAAGCUACCUUUGGAAAGAGUUCUGAGUCUAUCAAUCUUCGAAGAGGAGGAAAUAAUUGAUGAAAAAGACAGUGAAGUUUUAGCCAUGAUGGAAACAUCAUUUGUCAAAAAUUCUCGCCACAACCGAUGGGAGGAUCUAAGGCAACCAUUAGUGGAAGGAAGUAAAGACGAACCAAAGAAGGGGACUGAACUAAAGCAAUUACCGGAGAACCUCAAAUACGUCUUUUUGGACACUGAAAGUAACUGCCCGGCUAUCAUAAGUUCUCACCUUGAAUUCUUUCAAGAGGAUAAGCUUGUCAAAGUCCUUAAAAAGCAUAAAAGUGCUCUUGGAUGUUCAUGGGUGAGUCCAGUGCAUGUGGUGCCUAAGAAAGGUGGAACUACGGUAAUCAAGAAUGAAAAGAAUGAGUUGAUUCCCACAAGAACAGUUACAGAGUGGAGAGUCUGUAUAGAUUACCGAAGAUUGAAUCUAGCAACUAGAAAAGAUCACUUCCCAUUACCCUUCAUUGACCAGAUGUUAGAAAGUGAUAUUGCAGUAGGGGCGGUUCUAGGACAGCGUAGAGAAAAGUUACUACAUGUUAUUUACUACGCAAGUCAUGUGCUGAACCCUGCACAAAUGAACUAUGCAACUACUGAGAAGGAGUUGCUAGCGGACUUUAAACCAAGGUUGCUAAGAUGGACCUUGCUCCUUCAGGAGUUUGAUAUGGAGAUUCGUGACAAGAAAGGGUCUGAAAACACUGUGGCCGACCACUUGUCUCGAAUGUCACCUAUUGCAGAAAUAGAAGAUACGCGCCCGAUAAAGGACGAGUUCGCUAUGAACAUAUCCUCGCUGUUCUACUUGUGGGAUGAUCCAUUCUUAUACAAGAAGGGACUCGAUGGCUUGAUCAGAAGAUGUGUACCCGAGGAGGAACAAAGCGAUGUGCUAAAAGCAUGUCAUGACUCCGAAUAUGGAGGACAUUUCAGUGGUGAUAGAACGGCUGCAAAGGUCCUACAAUCUGGUUUGUAUUGGCCCAUACUAUUCAAAGACGCUCAAGGCAUUGUGAAAGAAUGUGAUAGGUGUCAAUGA